GCCCCUGCUCGGCUAUUGGAGGAAACCCCGUGGAUGUGCUAGGAGCUUUGAGCGCUCGGAGCAGGCAGACCGGACUCUCCCAGCGGCAGUCAGUGCACAGGGUGCGAGAGACCGACACACCGUCCCAGCGCUCCCCAGUCCCCGCCACAGCACAGAUCAUUCAACCAUGGAUAAAAACGAGCUGGUACAGAAGGCUAAAUUGUCUGAGCAGGCAGAACGAUAUGAUGACAUGGCAGCUUCCAUGAAGCGAGUGACUGAGGAAGGAAUAGAACUGUCCAACGAGGAAAGGAACCUGCUCUCUGUGGCCUACAAAAAUGUAGUAGGUGCUCGCCGGUCGUCUUGGAGAGUUGUCUCUAGUAUUGAGCAAAAGACUGAAGGAAGCGACAAAAAACAGCAGAUGGCGCGAGAAUACAGGGAGAAAAUCGAGAUAGAACUGAAAGACAUCUGUACAGACGUUCUGAAUCUUUUGGACAACUUCCUGGUUCCCAAAGCCUCCAAUGCAGAAAGCAAAGUCUUCUACUUGAAAAUGAAAGGAGACUAUUUCCGUUACUUGGCUGAAGUAGCUAAUGACGCCGCAAAGCCAGGUAUUGUGGAGCAGUCUCAAAAGGCAUACCAAAAUGCUUUUGAAAUCAGCAAAUCAGAAAUGCAGCCCACACAUCCCAUUCGGCUGGGUCUGGCUCUAAACUUCUCUGUGUUCUACUAUGAGAUCCUUAACAGCCCCGACAGAGCAUGUGCUCUGGCAAAGACUGCUUUCGAUGAAGCGAUUGCUGAACUUGAUACUUUGAGUGAAGAGUCAUACAAAGACAGCACAUUAAUAAUGCAAUUACUGAGAGACAACUUAACAUUGUGGACAUCAGAUACUCAAGGUGAUGAAGCUGAACCAGGAGAAGGAGGAGAAAAUUAAUCAGCCUUGUCUGCCUCAUUCUAUACAAUUUACACAAUAGACCAUUUGUCAUCAAUACUGUCCCACAAAUAGAUUUUUUUUUUUUUUUUUUUUUUUUUUUUUACCCUGAAUGGAAGGUGUGAUAUUUCUAUUUGGAUUUCUAUAUUUCCCAUGUUUUGAGUUUAAUAGGGAAUAGGGCCAGUUAACAUUUUGGGGAGUUUUUUUUUUUUUUUUUUUUUAAUAUUUUUUUUCCUGCUCAACCGAGGUGGCCAAUACGGGGAUGUGGAAUUUUUAUACAUGUUUUAAAUGUUUGGCAUAGUACUCCAGGUACAUUGUAGAUUAUUACAAGGCCAGUGCUGAAACAAUUUCCCAUUCCAGAUAACCUGAUCUGCUUGUAUAUUGAUCUGUGUAUUGUAAAAUAAGGGAUAGUAAUUUGCAGCUACAGGCACAGAGUUUGAAAUUUCUAAAGCACAUUUAAAGGAGGGGGAAAGGCCCACCCACUACUAGUCCAACAUCUCUGUAUUUACACACAAGCCUAUGCCUACGUUUUUAUUGAAUGUUCCUUAUAAGGCAAGUUAGAAUCCAGCUAUUAUCCUUGGAAGAGACAGUUCACAUUCCACUUAAACGUUGGCUAAUAGUUUUUGGUUCUGUCACUUUUUAUAUUUUAUUUGUAAUUUAAAGUGGAUCCACCUUCUCAAAGUUCCAAUAAUUUUUGCAUAACAUGUCAAUAUAUAUUUUUAAACCAUAUAUUGGUUGUUGGGAUAUAUAUUUUUAGUAAUGCAUUUAAAACCCCUGCCACAGAACAUAUUUUGGACGUUCCUAAAAAUCCUCUAUCUGCACUUGUUUUAAAAGAUCGCAAAGUUUCUAGAAAGUAUGAACUGGCCAACCAGUUGGCAAUAGGUCAGCUGCAUUCUGAUGUUCUACGCACAAGAUACAGGUAAAGAAAGUGCAGUAUGUUUUCCUCCCAAAAUAUCUGGUUCUUCUGAACUACUUAAAAAGAGAGAAAUCCUUUUAAUAGGAUUUUUGAUGCAACACUUUCAGGUGGUGGACCCAUUUUAAAUUGUUAAAACUAUUGAAGAUCAAAAGUGCUUGACACAUAGUAGAAGUACAUGCUUGGUAUUCAUAAGAUCACAGUUUGUGUCAAGCACAGCAUAAAAUAAAACCUAUUUAUCUCUAGUUUUAUUUUUGUUUUUGAUACUUGCCUAACAUGCAUGUGGCUGUAUUAAAAUAAAUAUAGUUACCAGGGGAAUAACUUGAGAUGAUGGCUAGCUUUGUUUAAUGUCUUAUGAAAUUUUCAUGAACAAUCCAAGCAUAAUUGUUAAAGAACAUGUGUAAUAAGUUGAUGUAAGUGGAAUAAAAGUUUUAUGAAUGGACUUUUCAAUUA